AUGGCCGCUGCCGUCGCAUUAGAUCCUUCUCGUUAUCCCGGCUAUGCCGCAGAGUGCGGCGACCCUUCGAGAACGAAGAAACUAGGAUUUGGUACACGACCAGCGAUUCUACUACUGGAUAUGUGCGACGCCUAUUUCAGCCCUUCGUCGCCGUUGGUGCUCGAUCAAGAUACUCUGGAUCGAGUCUCGAAAGCAUGCUCGGAAAUCUUGGACACCGUGAGAGCAAGACCAACUACCGCCGACGAAGUCCCCGUCAUAUACGCUCAGACAUUCUACACACAUCCCAAAUGCCGUGACGCAGGUUUGGCAAUGCUCAAAAGCGAACAUGUUGCACUGUUCCAGGCGCAACAUCCUCAGAAUCUCACGAGCCUGUCGAAGGGACCGGCUGUGAUCCUCCCCAAAUCCAACGACUCCAUCUUGAAAAAGAAAUAUCCUUCUGCAUUCUUCGGAACGAACUUGAGCACCCAGCUUGCCGCCAUGAGCAUCGAUACUCUCAUAAUUGGUGGCUUGACCACGAGUCUGAAUGUUCGAGCGACCGCGCUGGAUGCCAUGCAGUCUGGCUUCAGACCUAUCAUAGUCGCCGAGGCUUGUGGCGACAGAGUUCCUGAGCUGCAUUGGGCAAACAUGAUGGACGUUGGAGCCAAGUAUGGCGACGUCGUGGGUGUUGAAGACGCAGUGUCCUUUAUUCGAAACGUGUAA